AUGUCAGGUUUAGACCCUGAGUUAGUGGAACAUAAAUUGCCCAUAAAGCCAGAAUGUAAACCGGUACAGCAAAAACUCAGAAGGAUGUGUCCUGAAAUGCUGCUAAAAAUCAAGGAGGAAGUAAAGAAACAAUUUGAUGUUGGCUUCUUGAAAGUAGCCAAGUAUCUGGAAUGGGUGGCAAAUAUUGUUCCAGUACCCAAGAAGGAUGGGAAAGUUUUUAAAGGUAGUGUUGUGGUCGAUUUCAUCGCUAAUAGGGCUUCUGAAGAGUAUGAACCCUUAGACUCUGAUUUUCUGGAUGAAAAUUUGAUGGCUAUCACGAUUGAAGAGGCAGUUUCUUCUAAUGAUGAGUAUUGGAAGAUGAAUUUCAAUGGCGCAUCGAAUGCCUUGGGGCACGGGAUUGGAGUAAUUUUGGUCUCGCCUGGUGGAGAACAUUAUCCUCUCACCAACAUAUUGAAUUUUGAUUGCACGAAUAAUAUGACCGAAGGUGAAUGGGAAACAAAAGAUACCAAGUUGAUGGAAUACCGUAAAUUAGUCUUAGAGCUUAUCCCAGAAUUUGAGCAAGUGACAUUCCAUUAUCUCCCCAAAGAAGAGAAUCAGAUGGCGGAUACUCUGGCCAUUUUAGCAGCAGCUUUCAAAGUCAAUGAGCAUUCGAGCUUGGUACCUAUUACGAUGCAAGCCUAUGAAUACCCAGCCCAUUGUUAUAGCAUAGAAGAGGAAGAUGAUGGGAAUCCAUGGUAUCACGACAUCCUGCAAUACAUUAAAUGUCAAAGUUACCCCAAGCAUGCAACUGAGAAUGACAGAAGAACUAUCCGGAGGUUGGCUGCAUGA